UUUCAGGGUUAUGUGGAUAUUGUUAUCGACUCAUGAUUAUUGGUUCAAAUUUCGAACUGGAGUUAAUUUCAUCCAAUUACUUUACCUUGGACCUUGUCAUCCGAGUCAAUGUCCUUAUCCCUAAAGUCGUCGUGUUAGUUAAAAUAUACUGUGUUCCCUCUCCCCACCGCAUCACGUGAGGGCCACAGCAGCAGAAGAUCUGCGUAUUCAUCACUUUCCAUGUCUUCCUUGUAAGGCAAAUCGCUAAUGGCCUCGUUAUAUUCUCUGCGCUUUUCGGCUUCUAAGCCAUGUCCUCGGCCGGCGCCUCCGCGAAGUUUGCGUCCAUUUUCCCGCCAAAAGCUUUUCACUUCAGCCCGGGCAGCUACGUCAGGAUCUCAGCAACCAUUGCUGAAUUCUUCUUUCAUCGAUGGAGUCCAUCCUUUUAAUCUCUCUUUGUCAUCCGUCCCCUCUAGAGCUAGACCUCUUAGUGCAGUUUUUGUUAUCAGAGCCAAUUUCAUUGCCCCUCUGAUUUCUCCUGAAGAUCAAUGGGGCACCUGGACGGCUCUAUUCGCUGCUGGUGCUUUUGGCAUCUGGUCGGAAAGGACCAAGAUUGGUAGCACAUUGAGUGGUUCUCUGGUGAGCAUUUUAGUAGGGCUUGCAGCGAGUAAUUUCGGAAUUAUUGCCAGUGAAGCUUCAGCAUAUAAGAUUGUUAUGGGUUUUCUGCUCCCAAUAGCCGUUCCGUUGUUGUUAUUUAGGGCUGACUUGCGCCGCGUGAUUAAGUCAACUGGGACACUUCUCUUGGCUUUCUUACUGGGUUCAGUUGCAACAACAGUUGGAACAGCGAUAGCAUAUGUGCUGGUUCCAAUGCGAUCACUUGGUCAGGAUAGUUGGAAGAUAGCAGCUGCACUCAUGGGCAGACAUAUUGGUGGAGCUGUCAACUAUGUUGCCAUAUCUAAUGCACUUGAAGUAUCUCCUUCAGUUCUAACUGCUGGGUUAGCUGCAGAUAAUGUCAUCUGUGCAUUAUAUUUUUCAACAUUGUUUGCCCUAGCCUCUAAAGUGCCUCAAGAGGCUUCAUCGUCCGGAAAUGAUGAUGCAUUGAAUUCAGAAUCUGAGUCUGGGAACAAACUUCCGGUGCUACAAAUGGCAACUGCUCUUGCUGUGGCCUUCACCAUCUGCAAGACUGCUGCCUUUCUUAUUCGUUAUUUUGGAAUCCCGGGGGGUAAUCUGCCAGUUAUAACUGCAAUUGUUGUAAUACUCGCAACUGCAUUUCCAAAACCAUUUGCUUUUCUUGCACCAUCUGGUGAGGCUAUGGCUGUCAUUCUCAUGCAGGUAUUCUUUGCGGUAAUAGGUGCAAGUGGAAGCAUAUGGAGUGUGAUCAACACAGCACCCAGUAUUUUUCUGUUUGCUUUUGUUCAAAUAGCAAUCCAUCUUGCUGUGAUUCUGGGCUUGGGAAGGCUCUUUCGUUUUGACUUGAAAUUGUUGCUCAUUGCAUCAAAUGCCAACGUUGGAGGUCCUACUACUGCAUGUGGAAUGGCUACGGCAAAAGGUUGGACCUCUCUCAUAGUCCCUGGCAUUCUUGCUGGCAUCUUUGGAAUCGCCAUUGCAACUUUUCUCGGCAUUGCAUUUGGUACGACUGUGCUAAAGCACAUGUGAACUUGCAUGCCAAUCGAUCAGUGUAAGAUGUCCCCUCCUCUUUAUUUUCCUUUACUUCAUUUUUAAUAGCGAUACAUUUAGAGCCAGAAACAUUAAUACCUUGUGGCCCUGAAAGGUGAAAUAAGAUGCAUGAAUAAUUCAAUAACUCUGAAAUGUGAGGCAUACUGUGAGGUUAUUUUGGGAUUUGCACCUUAUGGAAACGGUGGCAAUACAAAGGGAGGGAUUGAUAGAGGCAAUUCUUUUGUCUUUUGUUAUGCACUCCAGAAGAGUUCAAUAAAUAAGCAGUAUCAACGUAUAAUAACAGCGUUUUUAUAAUGUGGCAUAUUA